AUGCUCGCUUCGUCUCUUCUUAUCCUCGCCGCUACCGUCCCCGCUCUCGCUCAAGUCGAGAUCACCAAGUCGAUCAACCUCCGCAACUCUAAGCUCUGCCUCGACAACAAGGACGGCAACCAGUCUGACGGGAACCGGCUCCAGGUCGCGAACUGCGAUAGUUCUGGCGACCAACAGUGGAACUGGGUCAAGGUCCAGAGCGAGGGCGACCAGCUCUACAACAUCAAGCUUGACAAUACAGACAAGUGUCUUGCCUACAAGGUUCCCGACCAAGAGCACGGCUCCGCUUCCGGUGCGCCCGUCGUUCUGGCUAGCUGCAACUCGGACCCCAAGAGCUACUAUGUCAAGUGGCGCUGGGACAAGGACUGGAUUUGUUCCGGUGUUGGUGAGUUCUAA